AUGGUGGCUCUUCCUUCAUCCGUCAUUCCGGAGAAGUCUUCUUUGAAAGUAGAACAGCAUAGAAUCUCCGUCCACCCCCACCUCAUCAACGGACGCACAAGCUUCUCGAUUAGAAACAAGCACCCGAAAGCUGAAAAUCUUUGGAUCAAGUUUGCUGUAUCCCCCCAUACGGUUGAGGGUAGUUGGAGCUUCUUUCUCCUCGGUGAUCACGAGAAGCGCGAGAGAUUGCUCAAAUCGUACCAGAUCCCGUUUCUGGAUUUGAUGAUUCCAGCUGAUGGGCAGGAAUAUGUCAUUGACGUAAUCUUCUCGGUGCCGAACCCAGAUGUCUACACAAUCACCAUGGACAUCUCAGAAGUCACGUCUAAUAAGAAAUUGGAGGACCAGGAGAUAAGGAUUCGCGUCGAGCCCUAC